CGUGUCCCUCCUCCCUUCCCCACCCUCCCCACUUCCCUCUCCUCUCUCUCUCCUGCCCCGCUGCUCUUCCUCCCUCCCUUCCCCUCCACCCCGGGCCGGCUCCCUACCUCGCCCAGGCCAGCUGUGCCCGGCGUCUGUCGGUCGCCCUACGCCAGGCCCGCCCGCCCCAGCGCGAUGGAGCUGCCCCAGCCGGAGCCCGUGGCAGGCUCGGCUCUCAGUCCGGCCGGCAUGCGCGGUGGCGCCCAGCGUCCUGACCACCUCCCGGGCCUCCGGCUGGGGGCUCAUGGCCUCCUGGGGUCUCCGGAGCGCGCGGCCGCUUCCUCGCCGGUCACCACCCUCACCCAGACUAUGCACCAUCUCGCUGGGCUCGGCAGCGAGACCCCAAAGAGUCAGGUAGGCAGCCUGCUCACAUGCCUAUCCCUGUCCCGUCGGGCGUCUGAAUCCUCCCUGUCGUCUGAGUCCUCUGAAUCUUCUGAUGCAGGUCUGUGCAUGGACUCUCCCAGCCCUAUGGACCCCAACAUGGCAGAGCAGACGUUCGAACAGGCCAUCCAGGCAGCCAGCCGAGUUAUUCAAAAUGAGCAGUUUGCCAUCCGACGUUUCCAGUCCUUGCCGGGGAGGCUUCUGGGCCACAGUCCUGUGCUACGGAACAUCACCAACUCCCAAGCGUCUGGCACCUGGAGGAAGACUGAGGCAUGUGACCAAGCUGCCCACGGCUCUGGGGAGGACAAAGAGAAUGAUGGAUCUGUCUUCAAGAUGCCGGGGAAACCCACACAUCCCAGCCACUCCUGUGCUCUUGGGGAGUGGGCCAGCCGCAGAGAAGCCUUUGCCCAGAGGCCAAGCUCAGCUCCCGACCUGAUGUGUCUCACCCCUGAGCGGAAGAUGGAAGUAGAGGAACUGAUCCCCCUGGCCCGAUGCCACUUCUCCCUGACCCCCUCCACAGGGGCUGUUGAGGAAGACGAUGGAUUUGUGGAUAUCCUGGAGACUGACUUAAAGGAGAAUGAUGUAGUUCCCCCAGGCAUGGAGAGCCUCAUCAGUGCCCCACUGGUCAAGACCUCAGAAAAGGAAGAGGAACAGGACCUCAUCAUGUACAGCAAGUGCCAGCGGCUCUUCCGCUCUCCGUCCAUGCCCUGCGGUGUGAUCCGGCCCAUCCUCAAGAGGCUGGAGCGCCCGCAGGACCAGGAUCUGCCUGUACAGAACAAGCGGAAAAGGAGCGUGACCCCUCCAGAGGAGGAGCUGCGGGAGGCUGAGGAACCUAAAGCCCGCAUUCUCCGCUCAAAGUCUCUGUGUCAUGAUGAGAUUGAGAAUAUCCUGGACAGUGACCACCGAGAACUGAUCGGGGAUUACUCCAAGGCCUUCCUCCUACAAACUGUGGAUGGAAAGCACCAAGAUCUCAAGUACAUCUCACCAGAAACGGUGGUGGCUCUGCUGACAGGCAAGUUCAGCCACAUUGUGGAGAAGUUUGUGAUUGUCGACUGCAGAUACCCCUAUGAGUAUGAAGGCGGUCACAUCAAGACUGCUGUGAACCUGCCUCUGGAACGGGAUGCUGAGACCUUCCUGCUACAGAGCCCCAUCACACCCUGCAGCCUGGAUAAGAGAAUCAUCCUCAUUUUCCACUGUGAAUUUUCAUCUGAGCGGGGCCCCCGCAUGUGCCGUUUCAUCAGGGAACGAGACAGAGCCUCCAAUGACUACCCCAGCCUCUACUAUCCUGAGAUGUAUAUACUCAAAGGCGGCUACAAGGACUUCUUCCCACAGCACCCGACCUUCUGUGAGCCUCAAGACUACCGGCCCAUGAAUCAUGAGGACUUCAAAGAUGAAAUGAAGACCUUCCGCCUCAAGACACGCAGCUGGGCUGGCGAGCGGAGCCGGCGAGAGCUCUGCAGCCGCCUGCAGGACCAGUGAAGGGCCAGCAACUGUCCCACCCACCUUCCUUGCUUUGUGCGGCCUGGGCAUCAGCCACCCUGUGGCCUCCGGGGCUGAGGGUCUGCUGUCCAGGGAAAAGACGGUGAGGGUGUCCUGUCUGCCUGCACCAGCCCUGAUCCACUCUCUCACUCCAGUCAUGUUCCAUAUCCUGGUGACACCCCCACCCUCACUCCAGCAGAGCCCAGCCUGCUGACUAAGUGAGAUUGGAUUAAGUCUAGCUCAAAGGAAGUAUUUGUGUCUAACAGGAGCCUUUUUGGUGUCUUUUUCUUCCUUGUUUGGGUUAACCCUUUGUCUUGCUGUAUUCAGAAAAGCCUCUUUUUUCCUAAGAGCCUUGUUUAUAUGUACGUGGCUGAGAGAAAGCUCCAGCCUCCUAGGAGGAGCCACCGCUACCCUCGGAGUUAGCACCGUGUCCCAGGUGCUAACACACUCCUAAGUAUGCGUGCCACACUCCCCUUUCUCCUUCCCGUCUCUCCAUGUGAACAUCUCCAGCACAGGCAUGAGCUCUUCCUCUUUCCUGUUUCAGUGUUGUUUGUAUGCUUGAUCUCUUUUUUUUCCAUCUCAGGAUAGUUACAGGCUAAGGUUUAGGUUUUCCCUGUCCAGUUGUUAAAGAUACAAAUAUUCAUAACCCACUUGGCCCUGGCUUCUGUGGCUCGGAAAGGGAUGUUAUUAUCCAUGGAGGCCCCUGGGUGAGGGUUAAGGCCUGCAUCCUGAGCCCACUGGAAACCUAGCCCUCACUGCUGUGAACCCAUGUCAGAACUUGCUACUGUCUUGUCACGGACGGACAGAUGGACGAAUGGAAAUGUGGAUGGAUGGUGGAUGUAUGGAUGGCCAUAGACCCACAAUGCCUUGUCCACAAACCACUGAACUGAAGCCAUUUUGGUGAGUGUGACUGCCUGCAGCAGGAGUAUACAUGUGCCUGUCUGUAACAAAAUCUUUACACUUUAAGAUUUGGAGAUAUUCAAAAGGAAAUGUUAUGGAAGCAGCUAAACUAAUGCCAACCACCUCUGGAUUCUGAAUCUCGGGAUGUGGGCAGGGCUUCUUGAAGGCUCUGCUGAGUCAUCUGGAAGGGUCUUGGUUCAAUAAAGCACUGAGCAAGUUGAGUAAGUA